AUGCUUGUCUACUGUCUGGACAAUAGCGAUGCUGCCUGCCGCUCUGAAGACUACCCUUGUGGCAAUCGCCUCUCAUGGCAGCUUGCGGUAGUCCGGACUGUCAGUAGGUCGCUUCUCGCUCCCCAGCAGGGCCAACAGCUUGGACACAGCAGUAAUGCCUCUCAACAGCUGGCUGUGGUGUCAAGCGCGGCGCGUCCAGAGCUUUCAGUUGCUCCUACGUCCGAUGCCGCUGCACUUCUCGGGCUGGACGUUUCACGCCUCUACGGCGAGCGCUGCCAGUUCCUUGGCGCGUUGAAACUUGCACUCCUAGCUUUAAAGCGCUCAUCUUCGGGACGGGUCCUGGCCUUCCUCGCGUCAGGGGCGGACCUGCCUGCGAACCAAUGCAGCCAGAUCAGCCGGAGCUUCGCAACCGCACGGAUAUCCUUGGACGUGGUCGUGCUCUGCCAGGACGAUGAACUAACGCCCGACAUGAAGUUAUCCCUAGAGUUGCUGACGGCGGAGUCGUCGUACGACCAGCCCGCAACGUCCAGCAGCGUCGCCGGGACCGCAGCUGCCCCUUCCCAGCGGCCCUGGCAACAGCGGCGAACAACACCAGGCUCCUCAACACCAUCACCAGCGUCACAUUCACCGCCGCAGCACCCGGCGACUGGGCAGCUGCCUUUGCUUCCAGGGGUGUCUUCAUCAACGUCACCGGUGUCGUUGGCGUUGGAGGGGACGGGUGCAGCGACAGCAGGGCCGCCGGCGGCCACGGCAGGGCCGUGCGGUCAGCGGCUGCUGUACUUUCCCCCGCCGGAUCCCUCCCUGGCCUUAUGGCAGCAAAUGGAGCCGCUGCUGGAGCUGUUGCAGCUGGAGGGGCGCCAUCAGCAGCCCAGUGGCGAUGGUGGAGGCGGUGGAGGAAGCGGCGGUGAUGGCGAGCCGGGGACAGCGAGCCCCGAGGAUGACACACGGAGAGGACCCACGCACUUGCGUACCGGUGCGAGCAGCGGCACGGGCCGACCGCCGCUGCCCCGACCGCCGCGCUACCGCGCCGGCGGAGCUCCUGCCGCCGCCGCCACGUCAGGCUCCUCCGCCGCCGCCGCCGCCGCCGCCGCCGCCGCCGCUGCGUCUUCCACUUCAUCCGGGAUAGGGAUUGGCCAGCGGCCGCCGGGGUUGGCGCCGUCGGGGCCGUUGACGAACCGCAACGGCGCGCGCGGCGGCGCUGUCGGCACCUGCCGUUACGAGUCCUUAGAUUCCCUACAGCACCUCUCCCUGGACGGGUUUCUGCGCAGCUGGCUACCGUCGUGGCACAAGCUCUGUGAGGUUCAUGCGGGCUGCAUGGACCAAGUGGAGAUGCCGCCGCCGGGGGCUGCCGAGCAGCCGGGAGGGACCGGGUUGGAGGUGGAGGGCGCCGCGGCGUCGACGGCGUCCUCCUCGGCGCGAGUCGAGACGGCGGCGCCGGCACUCCCGCCACCAGCACGGCCGGCGGUGGUGGUUCCGCGCGCGCCGUGCCCGGUGCAGAUCCACUUCAGCACGAGAUGCAGUAGCGCCGCCGCGGCGGCGUCAGGGUCCGCUGCAACUGACGGCAGCACGGCGACAGGGCGAUGCCAGUGGGUGUGCCCCGAUCUGCGGCGGGGGAGUUUGAGCUUGGUCGCGUCUGUGGAAGACCCGGGGGUUGUGAAGCUGCUGUGGAGUGAGCGACAGCGGCCCAGCGCUCAGCAGCAGCAGUACGGCAGCAUCUUUGCGGCGCCGGAGGACCCGAGUGAAGGCGGGGUGGAGCCGGCGGCGGCGGAGCUGGAGCUCACGCUGUCGCCAACACGCUCACAGUUCCGAGUCGUCCCCCACGUCAAGGGCGGUGCUGUCCUCGAAGUCCUCUAUCCGCGAAGCGCCGUCCAUCGACCAAGACCUCCCCCCGCCAGCAGCAGUAGCACCGCCAUCAGGGCCGGCGCCAGCUCCAGCGCGCCACACGACACGGCUCAGGGGCACCAUAGCGGUGCCUCCCCACCUGUCCCCGCACAUCCCGCCCACCAUCAAGCCCAGCACCUGGCGGCGCCGUUAAAGCAUCACGACCGCUAUUUCUUUUGGCUACAGCAGGACUGGGUCCCCGAGGGCGCAACGUCAAUGGCGGCGGCUGACUCGGCAGUGGCGGCGGAGGGCCAGAUUUCAGCGGCGGGGGAUGCGCAGGGUUACGGCGACGGCGCGGCGGCGGAGGAGCCAAAUGGCGGAGCUGCGGCGGAGGAGAGGGCCCUCCUAGAGUGCCCGCCGGAGUUUGACCCGCACAAGCACAUCUGCAGAGUGAGGUGCAGCAGCACCCCCCUGCAGCUGGGUCCGCUGCCCUUCGCUCUGGUGGAGGAGAUUAUGAGGGCCAGUGGUCGCCAACUUCACCCGGACGGUACACUAGCAGUCGCCACAACCAGCUCGGCGAUACCGGGCGCCGCCACCGCCGCAGCACCGCCACCAGCAGUGUCGGCGUCCGGCCAGGCCACGGGCCCCAGCGCUGCCGCAGCUGCGGCGGCUUCACAGCCUACGUAUCAGCAGCAGCCACGGCAGCAACAGCAGGUGAUGACGCAUUCCAGCGGCGGCGGAGCUUUGGUUCGCGGCGGCAGCGAGCAGCGCCGGGCCCCGGCGGCAGCUGCGACGUCGCAGCGGGACCGGGACCGGAGGGGUUCGGGUUCGGGAAACGGUCUGGACGGCCUGUGCAGUCUCGCGCUGUCAAGGUCGCGGACCAGCUUCACGGAGGGCCCCGCCGGGGCCGGAAAUGAAACCGCGUCGGCGCACAAGUGCCUCAUCGGCAAGCGCACCCAACCCUCCUCGACUGGUACCUCUGGCGCCAACCCUACCGGCCCCGUGGCGGGGAGCGGCUCAUCGGGAGGACUUGACACCUGGGAGCUCACCAAGGACGACCCAGAACUGCAUCGUACAGGCAAGCUCGCCCGCCGCCGGGCUUACGUCCCUCGGGCGGCUUCCCACGUGCCGGCCGGCUUCGGCGGCGCUGGGGCUUCUGUUGCUGUGGGUUCAGCGGCUAUAGAUCAGGGGCUGCUGCCUGGUUUAGUGACGCGGCUGGAGGCUGCUCGGGCGCUUUCCUCUCACCCCCUGGAUGACAGCGACUGGGGCUCCGACUGCGACAGGCCAGCAGCAGGUGCGUCGUCGUCAGCAGCAGCAGCAGCAGCAGCAGCAGCAGCCACCUACGCUAAGAACGGCUUAUCAUCAUCGGGGCGAGAGGAGGACGCGGCGACCGGCGCCGCGGUGGAGGAUAGAAAUUUGGACGGCAGCUCCGAGACGGCUGUGUCGAGUGUGGCGGAGCAUCCUCCAGCAGGGGCUGCAGCUGCGUGUUUGCCGAGUAGCGGUUGCCCCCGUGGCAGCCUGGCGGCGGCUGCGGCGGUGGCGGCGGCUGCCGCUGCCGUCGGGUCCUCGGGGGCGUCGCUGGUGGGGCCGGUGGAACCCGAGGCUGAGGAUUCGUCCCUAAUGUUCGAGCUCGACUGA